UAAAGAGUCUUGCGAUUGGCGCGUUGGAAUAAUCGAGCGCUGCGCAAGUCCCUUGUAAAGGCAGAAGCAAUCGAACCUCGAUUUCUGAAAGUACAUGUGUCUGACUUGUUGUUUUCAAGACGCUUAUCUGAAGUCCUGAAUUCCUGGAUCUGCAAACGUCGUACCUACUGCAGAUCUGCCCGAUCGCUGAGCCUGGAAUGAGGCCAUGCUCUCCAGGGUUAUCCCCCAUCUACAUGCCCUCGCGGACCUGCAGAUCCUCGGGGUAUGCGGGCUGGCACGUCGCUGGGCCAGCCGCGAUGCCAGGGUCCGGAUGGGGCAGAAAAUGGCCCAGCCAGGCCCAGAUCCCAGAGAGAAGGACCCGUUUAUAGAUGAUCCUGAUAUGGCAGAGGUUGAAGAUAGGCUCAGAGCUUUGGAGAGGGCGGAGAAGAUGAGGCAGGUGGCCAUGAAGUUCCAGAGACUCAGGAAGCAGCUGGGCCCCCCGGGGCCCCCGGAGAGGAAGCUGAGCUGGGACGCCAUGGAGCAGAUCAGGUACCUGAAGCAGGAGUUGCCGGAGGAGUGGACCGUGGCUCGACUGGCCGAGGGUUUCGCCGUCAGUACCGACGUCAUCCACAGGGUCCUGAGGAGCAAGUUCUUCCCGUCUGCAGAGAGACGGGCGAAGCAGGACUCUAUGGUGCUAGCCAGAAUACAGCAGCAGUCUCUCCCAGCCAACGCCCACCCUGGCCAAGACGCACCCCAGCUGCUUGGGACCCACAAUGCCAUGCUUCCUGCUGGCACAGGAAGCGCCCUCGCCACUUCAGACCAACAGAGCCUGGGUGCAGGUCGGGAAGUGGCAACAACAGCGCCCUCUGGUGGAGGUGACAGCCUGGGCGCUCUCACCUUACCAAGCCCUCGUACCCCUGUCUGGAGCUCUGUCACUCCACAGGAGGUGCAGACAGAGCGGCAGUCCUCCCUCAACCAGGAGGAGGAAAAGGGGGUGGAGGAGGAGGAAGAGGAAGAGGAAGAAGAGGACAGUUGGGAUGGCCAGGUCCUUUCAGACCAGGAACUGGAAGAGCUCGCCAGAACACAUCCAGAACAGAACUGCCAGGUGGUCCAGAAAGGGCAGGAGUUUUUUGACAGUGCAGGAAACUUCCUGUACAGAAUCUGAGUUUGUUUUUUUGUUUUUUGUAAUGGCAACAGCAGAACGUACAUGGUACAUGAACACGUACAUGAACGUACAGUUGCAACUUAACCCUGAUAAACCACUGUAGUGUAAACGAAGCUUUUCUGUGUGGGAAGGGGAGUUUAUGGGCGCUAAUGAGCUGUAUGUCUGUGUGCUAGAAGGCUGUCAGAACCCUAUUAAUGCAGAGCUUGUGUGUCAUAUCAAGGUUGUGCAUAACACAGUGCUUUCCUGGCUGGUUAUCUGCUGUUGAAGAGGACUGGUAAGAAUUAGACCAUAACCGUAUUUAAAUAUAUUAUGUUUGUGCUGAAUUAAACAGACUUUGUUUUCA